GUCACAAAAGAGCCUCUCUCUCUCUCUCUCUCUCUCUCUCUCUCUCUCUUUCUCUGUGUCCCCCUCUGUGUGAGGGAAGGGAGGGUGACGAUGUCAUGGCUGGCGAGGUCUCUGACGAGCUCCUUCAACUACGAUGAGAGGGACGACGAUGGCGACGAUGACGAUCACCAAAACGAGUCGCCUCGGAGCAGAGGUGUCAAGGAAGACCUCUCCGAACUCACCAAAUCCUUCACCCGUCAACUCUGGGGAGUCGCCUCCUUCCUCGCUCCUCCUCCCCCUACCUCCUCUACUACCGAUUCUCCCUCCUCCCCCACCCCUUCUUCUCCUUCUUCUGCUGCUCCCCAGAAUUCAUUUUCUGCAGUCCCUGAUUCCCCUUCCUUGAUCAAUGAAGCCAUCGGUGGUGGCAAAUCGCACCCCAUUGCCGGGGAUUCUCCGCGAGUGGCUGGAAUUCGCAGCGAUUUGUCAGAGAUCGGUGGGAGGUUUAAGUCGGGCAUCUCUAUGCUUUCCGGUAAUAAGGCAGUGAGCGAGAUUUCGAGGAUUGCUUCGAGCUUUCUCCCCUUUGGUUCGGUGGAUGAGGAGGAGGUCGAGGAAGUUGAGGAUGGUUUAAGCGCGCCACCUGUUGGGGUCACGGAGGAGGUCCUGACAUUCGCGAGGAAUAUAUCGAUGCAUCCCGAGACUUGGCUGGAUUUCCCUUUGUUUGCCGACGAUGAAGAUGCUCACGAUUUUGAAAUGUCUGAUGCCCAACGAGAUCAUGCAUUGACUGUUGAGCAUCUUGCCCCAAGAUUAGCAGCUCUAAGAAUUGAACUUUGCCCAAGACAUAUGAGUGAAGGAUGCUUCUGGAAGAUAUAUUUUGUCCUUUUGCACUCACGACUUAGUAAGCAUGAUGCGGAAUUAUUGUCAACCCCUCAGAUUGUUCAAGCUAGAAGUAUGUUGCAGGAAAUGCAGAGCCGCACAAGGACAGGUAGUAAUAGGUUAGAGAGUCCAUAUGCUGAGGAGGGUAGUGCUAAAUUGCUCUCCCAGGAGCCCCACAGUUCAAAGCCUGAAUGUGAGUUGUCCUUGUCCAAAGAUGCAUCUUCAGAGCUGGCAAAAAGUUUGGGUAUGGAUAGCGAAAGCGAAAGGCUGUCCACAGCUGACGAGUUGAAGAUUGUUGAUAAGUCGGUCAUAGAUGAACGGUCAUUCACGCUAAACAAGGAUGUUCUGACACAAGCUGUGCCCGUGUCCAAUCAGAAAUUUGAGGAAGAUGGAGAUGAUUGGUUGGAGGACAGCGCUGAGAUCAGUGGUGCGGAACAGGUGACACCUGCAUUUGUGAAUGAAGAGGAUGUGUCAUUUAGCGACCUGGAGGAGGACGGUGACAAUAGCUGCUUAGCUGCAAGUUCCAAAGGUAAGGACGCUUCUGAUUCAUCGGUCGAUGGGUCCAGAGGAUGGGUUCAACUUGGUGAAAGUCACAGUGAUGACGCGAUAGAGGACACAGGCAGCAGCCGCCCAUCAGAUAUCAAGUCUCUCUCAAGUAAGGAUAGAAGAGACGGUGAUCGGCCACGCAGGACCAGAGAUAGCAGAGAGUCUAAUGACUGGCUCAGUAUUGAUGACAUAGAUGCCGUUUGAAUCUGAUGGAUAAUUACGAUCUGUAUUUUUAUCUGCUCCUCAAGCCUUGUUCUUCAGACUCCCUCUUUUGCGGACAUAUAUUGCUGUAAAUAGGUCUCAGGUAUCAUGAAACUAUAAUUAUAGUAAGCUAUGCUGGUAAGACAACAGUUUCUUGCUGGAUUAAAUGAUUAAUUGUAUGAAUUUGUUCUCGUA